AUGCUAGUCCGGAACCGGCUUAGCGCUGAAAACCCCACCAAACACAGUCCUCCCACUUGCCAAAUUUGCGAACACUUUUCGCCCUUCAAAAGCGACCCCCCCUCAUCCUCCUCUUCUCUAGACCCAGGCAACGAAUUUCCGUUUCGCAGUCUCGUUCAUCCUUUUUUUACCGACCUUCUCAGACAAACCGCCAAGAUGAUUAUCUACAAGGACAUCCUUACCGGAGACGAGAUCAUCUCGGACUCCUACGACCUCAAGGAGGUCGGUGGCGCUGUCUACGAGGCUGACUGCGCCAUGAUCACCGAGGGCGCCGUCAACGUCGACACUGGUGCCAACGCUUCCGCUGAGGAGGCUGAGGAGGGUACCGAGGACGCCGAGGUCAAGGUCAACAACAUCGUUCACUCUUUCCGUCUCCAGUCCACCUCCUUCGACAAGAAGGGCUACUUGGCCUACCUCAAGGGCUACAUGAAGGCUGUCAAGACUAAGCUCCAGGAGAAGGGUGCCGAUGAGGCCAAGAUCAAGGAGUUCGAGACCGGCGCCUCCAAGUACGUCAAGGAACAUCUCCUGCCCAACUUCAAGGACUUCGAGUUCUACACCGGCGAGUCCAUGGACCCCGACGGAAUGGUCGUCCUUCUCAACUACCGCGAGGACGGUACCACCCCCUACAUCGUCGCCUGGAAGCACGGUCUUGAGGAGAUGAAGGUUUAA